AUGUCGUGCUUGCUCAACUACUGGUCGAUUGUGGUGCCGUCCAAGUCAGUCAACCAACUCAUAGCCGAGCGAUGGCUCAUCGUAUUCCCUGUCAGCACGACCGACUACGCCCGCAUCAACAUGAUUUCGUUCUCGAGGUGGCACGUUUUUGGAGUUUGUUUUGGGACCCAGUUUUGCUGCGGCUCCCUCUACGCAUUCGUCUUUAUUUCGGACGCACUCGACAUGUACUUUUAUGGGAAGCCCUCCAAGCAGUCGUACCUGAUCGUGCUGAAGGCGUAUAUAUUCAUGGGAGUUACUGCCGCCCUGCUUGGACCGAUGCUCGAACGCAGGGGCCCCCGCGUCGGAAUGGCAAUGGCAACCAUUCUGCUCACCGUCGGCUUUUUUGUGUCGCAGCUUGCCGUCGUCAUCGGCAACUCGAUGCUUCUCGCGUUCGGUUACAGCUGCCUCUGCGGCAUGGGCUAUGGCAUUGCCAUCAUCACAACAAUUUCAACGGUUCAGAAGUGGUUUCCAGACCUGCGUGGCCUCGCCAGUGGCUUGUGCCUGUUGGGCUUUGGUCUUGGGAACGGUAUGUGCAGCCUGGCGUACUCACGACUCCUACAUCGCCAAUCGAUCUAUGCCCCCACGAUGGAUAUCGACGGAGUCUCCAACUUGUUUUGGUCCACAGGGGUGGCAAUUGUGCCGAUGUUCGUCCUGUGCACUCUGGUUAUCCGCACACCGCCCAUGUCGUUCUCCAUGAACGGCCAGGAUGUCCACUGCGUCCCCGUCAACAUGGCGCCCGACCCCCGAAUCGUCCAAGACGAGUACCUGAAAGUGGGCAUGACUUUGGUGAACUUUUCGGCCGUCCACAGCGAGCUGGAAGGCACGGAUGGCCUCUACUUUCAGCAAGUGCGGGCGAUGACGUUGCUGCAGUGCAUCCUGUCGACGGACUUUUUGUUUCUGUACGUGGCGUUUGCGGCCAACAUGAUCCCGCUCCUCGUCUUUGUACCGCAAAUUGUUGCUCUGGCGGCGGGUGUGUGGCGCUUGCCACCGAGCGAAGUCAACGCUGUGCUCAUCCAAGCGUUUGUCGGCAACACGCUGGGGCGGUUCCUAGCCCCGUUCAUCUCGGACGGCCUCGUGCGUUUACUUUAUUCCAACCCAGCGUUCAUGCGAAAGAUUGUGUUUACGGGGCUCUUGUCCAUCCAAAUCGGCGCGUUUGCUCUUGUAAUCCACGACUGGCACGACCCGAAACGAGUCCAAUGGCUGGCCAGCGUCGUCACAUUCGCGUCUGGCGGGGGCCUCGCCAUCAUGCCUUGCUUCAUCACCGACAUGUUUGGCGUGUACCAUUCUGGCACGAUUUACGGCCUGAUCUUGACCAGCUAUUCUCUGGGGGGCGUCGUUGUGGGGUACGCGACGGCCGCAGCAUCCGGUCUCGUCACGGUUGAAACGUUGUACCAGCAAAGCCAGACGAUGCUCGUGGUCGUGAUCUGCGGCGUCACUGCCAUGCUGUUUGUGCGAACAAACUCGUCCGACCGAUUUUUUCACGGGUACCAGUACAGCGCGUGCGGCAAGGUUCUCGUGCAAAUCGCAUUUCCGAGGCCGACUAGCGAGACGUGCGCCGAUGACGACAGCAGCGUCGUGAUCCUGGACGAGCAGCCCCCCACACCCAUGUCACUGCCCCGUACGUUUACCCUAUGGAACGAAGAUGUGGAUGGGGCAAGAUACAAGAUAGCUUUGUAA